CGCUGAUUGACAGGCGCUCUCCCGCUGGCGCUGCUCUCCAUCCAUUCUUUGGGGAAGGGCGGGUGCCCGGCGCGGCCUAGGCGCCUCACUCCCAGGAACCCCAGCCGGAGCCUCGAUUUGGUCUCCCGCCCGGCGUGGGCGGGGAAGCGGAGGUCUCGGGAUUUAGAUGACGGGCUCCAUCCCGUUGAUGCCUAAGGCUGUGGCCCCACAUCGUCUCCUGGAGGACCACAGGCAGUCCAUGGUGUGAGCCACGCCAACGGAGGGGCCAAGAUGCUGAAGCCGAGCGGCCUCAAGAUCCCCGGAAGGGCUGGGAAACACUCCAGCCCUGCGGGGCGGCCGGGAGGGACGGCCGGCGCUGCGACCACAACUGCCCCGGCCACAAAGGAAGGGUCACCACUACACAAACAAGGCUCUACGUCUUCUGCAGCCACCACCGAGAAGCCGCCGGGGUCGAAAGUUGCUGAAGUGGGAGAUGACUUCCUGGGGGAUUUUGUGGUGGGAGAACGUGUGUGGGUCAACGGAGUCAAGCCAGGCGUGAUCCAGUAUUUGGGGGAGACUCAAUUUGCACCGGGACAGUGGGCAGGGGUUGUUCUAGACGACCCGGUCGGGAAGAACGAUGGCUCUGUGGGCGGGGUGCGCUACUUCGAGUGCCCGCAGCUCCAGGGAAUCUUCACCCGGCCUUCUAAGCUGACCCGCCAGCCCACCACGGAGGGCUCGGGCAGCGAUGCCCAUUCGGUGGAGUCCCUGACGGCACAGAACCUGUCCCUGCACUCGGGCACCUCCACCCCGCCGCUAUCCACUCGCGUCAUCCCCUUGCGGGAGAGCGUCCUCAACAGCACCAUGAAGACCGGGAACGAGUCCGGAUCCAACCUCUCGGACAGCGGGUCCGUGAAGAAGGGUGACAAAGACUUCAGGCUCGGAGACCGCGUCCUCGUUGGCGGAACGAAGACGGGCGUUGUGCGCUAUGUGGGGGAGACGGAUUUCGCCAAAGGGGAGUGGUGUGGGGUGGAGCUGGACGAACCCCUGGGCAAGAAUGAUGGCGCCGUGGCCGGAACCAGGUAUUUCCAGUGCCCUCCCAAGUUUGGCCUCUUUGCUCCUAUCCACAAGGUGAUCCGGAUCGGCUUCCCUUCCACCAGCCCAGCCAAGGCCAAGAAGAGCAAGCGGAUGGCCAUGGGGGUCUCGGCUUUGACCCACAGCCCAAGCAGCUCCUCCAUCAGCUCCGUCAGCUCCGUGGCCUCCUCUGUGGGGGGAAGACCCAGCCGAAGCGGACUGUUGACGGAGACCUCUUCUCGCUACGCCAGGAAGAUCUCCGGCACGACGGCGCUGCAGGAGGCCCUCAAGGAGAAGCAGCAGCACAUCGAGCAGCUCCUGGCCGAGCGGGACCUGGAGAGAGCCGAGGUGGCCAAAGCCACCAGCCGCAUCUGCGAAGUGGAGAAGGAGAUUGCCAUCCUGAAGGCCCAGCACGAGCAGUAUAUCUCUGAAGCAGAAGGAAAUCUGCAGAGGGCGCGGACAGUCCUGGAAGGAGCCCAGAAGGAAAAAGUGGAGAUGCUCAACCAGUUAGAAGAGGAGAAAAGGAAAGUUGAAGAUUUGCAGUUCCGGGUCGAGGAGGAGUCCAUUACGAAGGGAGACUUGGAGACUCAGACGCAGCUGGAGCAUGCCCGAAUAAGGGAGCUCGAGCAGAGCCUCCUGUUUGAGAAGACACAGGCCGAAAAGCUUCUCAAAGAGAUGGAGGAGACGAGGCUGACCACGGUUGCAGAGAAGUCCAGAAUCCUUCAGCUCGAGGAAGAGCUGUCCUUCACGCGGACGGAGGUGGAGGAGCUGAGGCAGUGCUUGAAGGCCUCCAGCCAAGCCGAUUCUCCAGACCACAGCUUUGGCCUGCAAACGGAAGCCCUCCGCCUGCGGGAUCAGCUGCUUUCGGCCACCAAGGAGCACCAGAAGGAGAGCGUCCAGCUGAAGGAGACGUAUGAGAGGGCCCUGAAGAAGCACCAGCAGGAGGCGGAGCGCUUGAAAGCUCACAACGAGAAAUACGCCCAAGAGAUUGCGGACCUCAAGCAGAAGGUCCAGCAGGCCACCAACGAGAACAUGGGCCUGAUGGACAACUGGAAGUCGAAGCUGGACACGUUGGCGUCCGACCAUCAGAAGUCGCUCGAGGACCUCAAGGCCACCUUGAGCACCGGUCCAGAUUCCCAGCACAAGGAGAUCGUGGAGCUGAAAACCGUCAUGGAGAGCGUCAAGCUGGAGCACCAGCUGGAGCUGGAAAACCUCAAAGCCAAGCAUGACAUUGAGAUGGCCGUCCACGUGAAGGAGAAGGAGGGCCUGAAGCUGAAGCUGCAGGAGGCCAAGGACGCGUGGGAAGAAAGCAACAACAACUGGAAGGCGCAGCUGGAAAGCAAGACUAACCAGUACUUGCUUGAAAUCCAGGAGCUGAAGGAGAAGAACCGGGACAGCGAGGUCCGCGCCCGCGAGGCGGAGAAGCUGCACAGCGACUACAAAGACCAGGCCCAAGCCAUCGCUUUCUUGAAAGAGCAGAUCUCUCUGGCGGAGAAGAAGAGGCUGGACUACGAGACGCUGCAGAAGGCCGAGGCCCAGAGCAAGCAAGAGAUCCAGCGCCUGCAGGAAAAGGUCCUGGUCUUGGAGAACAAGCUGCAGUCCACGGAACCGCUCCACCCUUCCCAACACGCCAACAUGAUUGAAACCAAUGACAUUUCGGAAGAAAAGAUCAAAAUGAAGCAGACAAUGGAAGAUCUUCAGGAGAAGCUGAGCAAAAAGGACAAAGAGGUCUCGUCCUUGGCCUCCCAGACUGACCUCCUAAGGACCCAAGUAAGUGCGUUGGAAACCAGAUGCAAAAGUACCGAGAGGAAGGCAGAUUCUCUGUUGAAAGAGAAGAAAAGACUGGAGGCCGAGCUGGAGACGGUGUCCAAGAAAACGCACGAUGCUUCUGGUCAGCUGGUUCUGAUCAGUCAGGAACUACUGAAAAAAGAAAGAAGCCUAAACGAGCUGCGUGCUUUGCUUAUGGAGGCCAACCGUCACUCUCCAGGACCCGAGCGGGACUUGAGCCGCGAGGUGCACAAAGCGGAGUGGAGGCUGAAAGAACAGAAACUCAAGGACGACAUCCAAGACCUAAGGGAAAAACUGAUUGUUCUGGAUAAAGAGAAAGCCGUCACGGACCAGCGGCGAUACUCCCUCAUUGACCCUUCGUCUGAGUCAGAGGUCCUGCGGUUGCAGCAUCGGCUGGUCAGCACCGAGGAUGUCUUGAGGAACGCCUUGGAGCAGGGCCAGCAGAUGGAGAAGCUAAUGGAGGCCAUGAGGAGCUGUUCAGAAAAAGCACAGACCAUUGGAAGCUCCGGAUCUGCGAAUGGGAUCCAUCAACAGGAUAAAUCUCACAAACAGGAGGAGAAGCACUGAUGAAGGAGCCGAGGUGGAGAGGACUCUGGCGACAGGGUUUGCUGCUCAAAAGAAGGGCCGAACGAGGAGUGCGCCCCCCUCUCCUACCACCCCAGGCCCCACUUUAAGAGCCACACAAAGUGUUUUUCUGCACUACAAAACACGGCUGUUUUCACGGGCAACGAAUGGUAUCCUCCCCAGCUUUCCCGGCUGUGCCUGGCUCAUGAAGAAAAGCGGUGCGAGAGCUGUAUGUUUGUGGCUGAAUUUCUUCUCCUCCACCGUUUGCAGCGUCCGAUGACAAUAUGGAUGGCAUGGGUCUCAUUUUGCCAAGGAAUUCCUUUUUUUUUUUUUGGGAGGUGGGAGAAGUUGCCCUCACAUAUUGCUAACGGAAAUGUUCCGGGUGAGAGACAAGAGUGUUUUUGUUUGCAAAUCCCCAAGAAGGGAAUCUUUUGCUCCUUUUCCCCUCCCGUUUUCAAUGGCCAGUUGUCCCUCUAGCCAUAGAGGUCAGUGGGAAGGUCAUCCCUUCCCGACACUAAAAUGACUCUUGAGGUAUGUAACAUGAAGAUAAUGCAUCGUAUGGCACGGAAUACCAAUUUUAAGAUGGACGCUUAACUUAUUUUGAACUUUGGUCCACGCUUGAGUCCCAUGAGUUGUUUGGAGCUGUUGGGUUGUGCCUCUCGCCUCUUCGGAGUGAGAUCUCCCUGCUUUAAGCCACUUUUGCCACGGUCUGGAACAAAGGGUCAAGCUUGGACAUUGUUCAAAAGAUGGCUUCUUCCCGUCUCUGUUGCUUUUGCCAAGCUUGCUUCUCACGUCCUGCCGCAUUUCACCUCUAAUCCGAGAGUUCGGGCCAAGGAGGAUGCCCCCUCCACAAAAGACUGUACUACUUUUAGGCUUCGUCUGUGACUUGGUGUAUUCCCCCUGCCAAAAAAAUUAAAAAAUGGAAAUUUCCUGCCAAAAAAUUAAAAAAAUGAACAUUGCAGAAAGCUAGCACUAGAAGGGGGGGAAAGCUUCAGACCGACCUUCUCCUUGCAGCUCUACCUUUCUAUGAGCAUCAGGCUUUGUCUUGUGGGUUUGCCUGAUGCCCACACUUGUUGUCUGAGAAUUCAGAGUCUAAUCAAGAGCUCAGUGUUGAAAUUCUCAUUUUGUGACAGAAUUCUGAGAUGUCUGGGGACAGGAGGGGCUUCUGGGAGCUGUGGCCCAAAAUAGUAACGACUUCUAUCGAUGGAUAAAUUUAUACAUACAGGUAGAUAGGUGUGUUCCCCUAUACUGUUUUUCAUCACGUAAUAGUCGCAGUGCUUUAUCUCCCCUUUUUAGAAUUGAAAAAGGGGGUGGUAUGACUAUUAUGUGAUUUUUUUAAAAAAAAUCUACCUUUGAUCCUCCGGUUUCAGAUUUAUUUAUUUUUAAGUGGCCUUACCUUUGAGACAGAAGGAAGGAUGAUCGAGUUUCAAACAAACAGCUCCCUUCUGUUUGUAUGUUUGUUGUAUGUUUGACUAGGAAGAGGGAAGAUUCCCCUUUCGUCCCUCCCUUUCUUCUUUCUCUAAAGGCAAGGCAUUUUACAAAAUCUGAAAUGAAGCUCUUUGGAAGUAAGAGGAAAUAUCCCAUUUCCAGAGACCUCAAUUUCAAGUUUUCUUAAUUGCCUUAAGGCUUUGGAGGAAGGGUGGAAAAGCACAGCUCCGGAGACCUCCACUUCAUUAUAGUUUACUGCCUUGUCUUGAAGGAAGGAAGGGGAAAUCAGCCUCAAAUGGCUCUGCAACUAUUACGUAAGGAAAAAAUACUAAUUUUGCCGUCUCAAAAAUGUGGCCGCGACUAUUAUGCGAUGAAAUGCAAUGUGUCAUUAUAGUUUACUGCCUUGUCUUGAAGGAAGGAAGGAAGGAAGGAAGGAAGGAAGGAAGGAAGGAAGGAAGGAAGGAAGGAAGGAAGGAAGGGGAAAUCAGCCUCAAAUGGCUCUGCGACUAUUAUGUGAAGAAAAAAAUACUAAUUUUGCCACCUCAAAAAUGUGGCCGCGACUAUUAUGCGAUGAAAUGCAAUGUGUAUAGUGUUGAGUGUAGCCGGGUGUUUCCUGCCUUCUCAUUAGCAGCGUUCAGAUGUUUGUCUUUUGUCCCCAAACAAUUCUUGUUUUUUUUCCUGACCGAAAGGUUUUAAUCAGUGUUAGAAUAAAGUAAACCAGGAAGUGCUCCUUAGUCGAAUGGAACCUCUGGAGUUGGAACAAAGGUGGCCUGCGAGCAUGACUUUUUUGAACAGGUGUGGAUUCUGUUGGGCACAAAAUGUACUUGAGUGAACCUCCCUGAUGCAUCUGUGCGCUGCUGCUAUGACAGGAGGCUCCCUGGUUAACAGGGCAGUGAAUCCUGCAGUGGUUUUUAGUCUGAACUUUGAGGGGCUUUAAUAUAUUUUGGACACAGGGUUCCUUUAGGGACAAGCUCAAACCUGAACUGCAUUCAUUACCUCCCUGACGUGAAAACUGCCUGCUGAAACUUCAUCUGACAUUGCAUCAUGUUUUCUCAAGGUCCUACCAAGAAGGCCUACAAGCCACUCUCAACACCUUCGCAGAAGCAGAAGCUCGGCCUCUCAUUGAACACCGAGAAAACCAAAGUGCUCUUCCAGCAGUCACCAGCCAAUCCUUCUGCUUAUAGCUUCAUUAUGUAACAUUAGAAGAUGGUGGUCAUUUCCCCUCCCUUGGCACCCCCCUCUCCAUAAAAGUCAGCAUUGACACUGAAAAACAACACCGCCUGAGCUCUGCGAGUGCAGCAUUCUUCCGAAUGAAGCAGAGAGUGUUUGAGGACCGGGACAUCCGUAGAGAGACCAAGGAGCUUGUUAAUAAAGUAAUUGUCCUCCCAACCUUGGCAGCCACCCCUCCAUAAAAGUCCACAUUGACACAGUAAUACAACACCGCCUGAGCUCUGCGAGUGCAGCAUUCUUCCGAAUGAAGCAGAGAGUGUUUGAGGACCGGGACAUCAGUAGGAAGACCAAGGAGCUUGUUUAUAAAGGCCUUGUCUUCCCAACCCCUUCUAUACAUCUGAGAAACGUGGACUGUCUACACACGUCACACUCAGUGCCUGGAACAAUUCCAUCAGCAUUGUCUCCAGAAAUUCGUAAUUCGUAACCCUUUUGGUCCUAAUGUUCGAGAGUGAUCCCUGGUCAAAAAAAAGUUGGGAUACACUGGCUUAGGGGGAUUGCCAGUUGGUUCCAUGAUAUAGAGUCUCAUAUUCCUCAAGCCGUGCUCCUCCGGACAGUUGCCUUGUUGGCUUCAGCAGUUAGAUUCACGACUUUCUCUACUUUCGGUCUCUUACCGCUGGCUUUUAAUGUCUAUUUUUAGUUUCCAGACCUAGCAGAGCCUGACUUGCCUUUUCUUCCAUGAGGACGCAGGGGGUUUUGUUUAUUUUUCCCCAGGGAAUUAAUUAUAUUUUCCAAACUUUAUGGGCGACAGCUCAGUCCCGACCCCAUUUGAGGGGGGAUUUAUCUCGCAUGUCGGAGCCAUCUUUAGUCCAGAUAGUCUCAGCAUUGUUUCUGUGUCCAACUUUGGAGGGUCCUUUGAAAUAGGGUUUCUCUACAGGUUCAUAACCUUUGUCGAGACUAAAGAUGACUCUGUUACGCCUUACAUAUAUAUCUAUGGCUCACAGUUGAACCCAGGGUCAUAACACCCACUGUUCUCUUAAUCCCCGUUGCAAGGAAAUGAGGGCUGUCACCCUUCAUUGCAUGCCGAUAAAGCUUUGCGGACUUCCUGCUCUGCGACCUGCCAGGCCUCCCAAAUUGUCCGUGCGAACGCCACAUGUCCCGGUGAGCGCCAUCACCAAAGGACCGGAUGGUUACGACCGUUUUCCGAGCGAUGAGACGCAUGCCGGUUUCACGGAGGCGAAAAAAGCCAAGGCGACCCAUCCGCACAAGUCGUACGACAGCACUUAAACCUUGUACAGAUAGUAUUAAACCCACUAACGAAUCCAACCCACUUAACGGACUUGUGUACAGAACGAUACUAGGUGUUAAUAAAAUCAGAUAACCUCUUACUCCAGUGGUAUGGACGUAUUCCAAUUUUGUAGUCUUAGUCACUUUGGGGGCUAUCCAAUUUUGUUAGAGAACAAGAUCAGUUUGACAGCUAAUAACGUCUUUAUUUUGUUAUCGGCUUAUUAUUAUUAUUAUUUUUGUUUGUUUUUCUCUGUACAAAACUCUUUACAGGCGGGAGUCUCUUCUGUGUAAUUCCUUGGACAGAGUAUGUCUUCAUGUAUCGCAGGCCCCGAGACUGGCUUGCUCAAGUGUGAUGAGCGCAUAUUAAACCAAUAAAUCCUGCGGCGGAAGAAA